CAGGUGACGGCCGUGACCGUGAUGGCGGCAGAGGCCGAACACAUCGAGAUGGGAGCCGAGUCGCUGCCGAGCGCCGACGAGGCCGCCGCCGCCUUCGCAGAAGUCACCACAGUGACAGUAGCUAACGUGGGUGCCUCUGCAGACAAUGUUUUCACUACAUCUGUGGCAAACGCAGCUUCAAUUUCAGGGCAUGUGCUGUCCGGGAGAACAGCCCUCCAAAUUGGGGACAGCUUGAACACUGAGAAAGCCACUCUCAUAGUGGUUCACACAGAUGGCAGCAUUGUAGAAACCACAGGGCUGAAGGGGCCAUCAGCACCUCUCACACCAGGACCGCAGUCUCCUCCCACCCCUUUAACGUCCACCCAAGAGAAGACUGGAACGAAGUAUAACUGGGACCCAUCAGUGUACAACAACGAGCUCCCAGUGAGGUGCCGGAAUAUCAGUGGGAUUCUGUAUAAAAACAGACUCGGCUCAGGAGGCCGUGGGAGGUGCAUUAAGCAGGGGGAUAACUGGUACAGCCCCACGGAAUUUGAAGCCAUGGCAGGACGAGCCAGCAGUAAAGACUGGAAAAGAAGCAUCCGCUAUGCUGGGAGGCCACUGCAGUGCCUUAUUCACGAUGGGAUUUUAAAUCCUCAUGCUGCCUCUUGUACUUGUGCUGCCUGCUGCGACGACAUGACUCUGAGUGGCCCUGUACGACUCUUUGUACCCUACAAAAGGCGGAAAAAAGAAAACGAAGUGCCUGCAACUCCAGUGAAAAAGGAUUGCUCCAAAAAUAUAACCCUGCUCCCUGCUACAGCUGCUACCACAUUCACCGUGACUCCUUCUGGACAGAUCACUACCUCUGGUGCUCUGACUUUCGACCGUGCGUCGACAGUGGAAGCCACAGCAAUCAUCUCGGAAAGUCCAUCCCAGGGUGACGUUUUCACUGGAGCCGCCGUCCAGGACACCAAUGUCCAGCAGCCCUGCCGGGUCAGUCACCCAGAACCUCACUAUCCAAGUUACCAGGACAACUGUCAGAUUUCACCUUUCCCUGAAGCCGCCCUGCCAACAUCUCAUCCAAAAAUUGUGCUGACCUCGCUGCCUGCCCUGGCAGUGCCCCCCGCCACCCCUGCCAAAGCCAUAUCCCCUUCGGUGGUGAACGGGCUGGAGGUGACGGAGCAGCGGAGCUGGCUCUACUUGGAAGAGAUGGUUAAUUCCUUGCUCAACACGGCCCAGCAGCUGAAGACUCUCAUUGAACAGGCUAAACAGGCCAGCUCCUCCUUCCGCGAGGCCGCCGUCACACAGGCGAAAAUUCAAGCUGACGUGGAGAGGAAAGAGCAGUCCUGCGUGAACUGCGGGCGCGAGGCAACGAACGAGUGCACGGGAUGCCAUAAAGUCAACUAUUGCUCCACUUUCUGUCAGCGGAAGGACUGGAAGGAUCACCAGCACAUGUGUGGCCAGUCAGCCACAAUGACGGUGCAAGCGGACGAGGUGCACGUCACGGACAGCGUGAUGGAGAAAGUCGCUGUCUGA